AUGCUAUCUAUCUAUCUAUCUAUCUAUCUAUCUAUCUUUUUUUUUCAUUCAGUUUCUAUCUAUCUAUCUAUCUAUCUAUCUAUCUAUCUAUCUAUCUAUCUAUCUCAGUCUCUUUCUUUCUCAUUCAGUUUCUAUCUAUCUAUCUAUCUAUCUAUCUAUCUAUCUAUCUAUCUAUCUAUCUAUCUAUCUAUUUCAGUCUGCACAUAUCUACUUCAGGCUGUUCCUAUCUAUCUAUCUAUCUAUCUAUCUAUCACGGCAUAUUCUUUAUAUAUCUAUGACUGCGGUUCCGUAGCGCAAUUUUGGUCAGAUGUCUAUCUAUCUAUCUAUCUAUCUAUCUAUCUAUCUAUCUAUCUCAGUUUGUUCUAUAGUUAUCUCAGUUUGUUGAUUAUCUAUCUAUCUGUUCAACGUGUAUUUGUUCAAUAUCUAUCUAUCUAUCUCAGUCUGUCCAGAUCUAUCUAUCUAUAUCAGUAUGUUAAUACUUAUAUCUAUCUAUCUAUCUAUCUAUCUAUCUAUCUAUCUAUCUAUCUAUCUAUCUAUCUAUCUAUCUAUCUAUCUCAGUUUGUUCAAUAUCUAUCUAUCUAUCUAUCUCAGUUUGUUCCAUUAUCUAUCUAUCUAUCUAUCUAUCUAUCUAUCUAUCUAUCUAUCUAUCUAUCUCAGUUUGUUCAAUAUCUAUCUAUCUAUUCAUCUAUCUAUCUAUCUAUCUAUCUAUCUAUCUAUCUCAGUUUGUUCAAUAUCUAUCUCAGUUUGUUCAAUAUCUAUCUAUCUAUCUAUCUAUCUAUCUAUCUAUCUAUCUAUCUCAGUUUGUUCAAUAUCUAUCUAUCUAUCUCAGUUUGUUCAAUAUCUAUCUAUCUAUCUAUCUAUCUAUCUAUCUAUCUAUCUAUCUCAGUUUGUUCAAUAUCUAUCUAUCUAUCUAUCUAUCUAUCUAUCUAUCUCAGUUUGUUCAAUAUCUAUCUCAGUUUGUUCAAUAUCUAUCUAUCUAUCUAUCUAUCUAUCUAUCUAUCUAUCUAUCUAUCUAUCUAUCUCAGUUUGUUCAAUAUCUAUCUAUCUAUCUCAGUUUGUUCAAUAUCUAUCUAUCUCUCUAUCUAUCUAUCUAUCUCCGUUUGUUCCAUUAUCUAUCUAUCUAUCUAUCUAUCUAUCUAUCUAUCUAUCUGUAUACAACGUGUUGGCAACCAUUAUCUAUCUAUCUAUCUAUCUAUCUAUCUAUCUAUCUAUCUAUCUAUCUAUUUAUCUAUCUAUCUGUCACGCACUGUUCAUAUCUAUCUCCUCUUUCUUUCUUUCUUUCUAUUUAUCACGCACUACUCAUGUCUACCUCCUUUUUCUUUCUUUCUUUCUUUCUUUCUUUCUAUCUAUCUAUAUUUCUAUCUGCCACGCACUGUUCAUAUCUAUCUAUCUUUCUUUCUUUCAUUCUAUUUAUCACGCACGAUUCAUGUCUAUCUAUCUAUCUAUCUAUCUAUCUAUCUAUCUAUCUAUCUAUCAGGCACUGUUCAUAUCUAUCUAUCUAUCUAUCUUUCUCUCACGCAUUGUUCAUAUCUAUCUCCUCUUUCUUUCUUUCUUUCUUUCUUUCUUUCUUUCUAUUUAUCACGCACUAUUCAUGUCUUUCUCCUUUUUCUUUCUUUCUUUUUCUUUCUUUCUUUUUUUUUUUCUAUCUAUCUAUCUAUCUAUCUAUCUAUCUAUCUAUCUAUCUAUCUAUCAGGCACUGUUUAUAUCUAUCUAUCUAUCUAUCUAUCUAUCUAUCUAUCUUUCUUUCUUUCUUUCUUUCUUUCUAUUACGCAUUGUUCAUAUCUAUCUCCUCUUUUUUUCUUUCUUUCUUUCUUUCUAUUUAUCACGCACUAUCCAUGUCUUUCUCCUUUUUUUCUUUCUUUCUUUCUUUCUUUCUUUCUUUCUUUCUUUCUUUCUUUCUUUCUUUUACGACCUUCAUUCUCACUCUCUAUCCAUAUGUCUAUGUCUCUCUCUCUAUAUAUCUGUUCCACCCUCUCUCUCUCUCAGUCUGUUCAUAUCUGUCUAAAUAUAUUUUCAUCUAUCACAAAAAUUCAUAUCUAUCUAUCUAUCUAUCUAUCUAUCUAUCUAUCUAUCUAUCUAUCUAUCUCAGUCUGUGCAUUAUCUAUCUAUCUAUCUGGAAUGCAGUUCUGCCACACGCUUAGUAGGAGUUAG